ACCGAACGGAGGAGUUGUCGGGGAACCUGAGAGCCCGCACAGAAAGCUUUUUGUAGUGGUCUUUACUACUCCAGAAGGUCCUCUUUCGGAAACUUCAACUCCCAGAGGCAGACACGUUCCCCAACCAGGGAUCGAAGCCUCGGGCCCUGCAAUGGAAGGGCAGAGUCUUAGCCAGCGGACCACCGGGGAAGUCCCUGCUCCUACUUCUACAAGGUUCUGAGGAGGGUCACUCCCUCGCUGCCACUGGAAGAGUCCACUUCUCAGUGACUCCUAACUGGGAACUGGAUGCAUUAGAGGGUAGCUAGUCAAUAUGAUUCUUCUUGCUGUGUUUUUUCUCUGCUUCAUUUCAUCAUAUUCAGCUUCUGUUAAAGGUCACACAACUGGUCUCUCAUUAAAUAAUGACCGACUAUACAAACUCACAUACUCCACUGAAGUUUUUCUUGAUCGGGGCAAAGGAAACCUCCAAGACAGCGUGGGCUACCGAAUUUCAUCCAACGUGGAUGUUGUCUUACUGUGGAGGAGUCCUGAUGGUGAUGACGACCAACUGAUCCAGAUUAUGAUAAAAGAUGUAAAUGUCGAAAAUGUGAAUCAACAGAGAGGAGAGAAGAGCAUUUUCAAAGGAAAAAAGCCAUCCCAAAUCAUAAGAAAGGAAAACUUGGAAGCUCUGCAAAGACCUGUGUUCCUUCACCUAGUCCAUGGAAAGGUCAAAGAGUUCUACUCAUAUCCAAAUGAACCAGUAGCCAUAGAAAAUCUCAAGAGAGGCCUGGCUAGUCUAUUUCAGAUGCAGUUAAGCUCUGGAACUACCAAUGAGGUAGAUAUCUCUGGAGAUUGUAAAGUGACCUACCAGGCUCAUCAGGACAAGGUGAUCAAAAUUAAGGCCUUGGAUUCAUGCAAAACAGAGAGGUCUGGAUUUACAACCCUAAAUCCGGUCUUGGGUGUCACUUCGAAAGCCACAUCUGUCACUACCUAUAAGAUAGAAGACAGCUUUGUUGUAGCUGUGUUCGCAGAAGAGAUACAUGCUUUGAAGCUGAAUUUUCUACAAACAAUUGCAGGCAAAAUAUUAUCGAAGCAGAAAUUAGAGCUGAAGACAACGGAAGCAGGCCCAAGACUGAUGCCUGGGAAACAGGUUACAGCCAUCAUUAAAGCAGUUGAUUCGAAAUACACGGCCAUUCCCAUUGUGGGCCAGGUCUUUGAGAGCGAGUGCAAAGGAUGCCCUUCUCUCUCGGAGCACUGGCAGUCCAUCAGAAAACACCUGCAGCCUGACAACCUCUCCAAGGCUGAGGCUGUCAGAAGCUUCCUGACCUUUAUCAAGCACCUCAGGACUGCAAAGAAAGAAGAGAUCCUCCAAAUCCUAAAGGCUGAAAACAAGGAAGUACUACCCCAGCUGGUGGAUGCUGUCACCUCCGCUCAGACCCCAGACUCAUUAGAUGCCAUUUUGGACUUUUUGGAUUUCAAAAGUGACAGUAGCAUUAUCCUCCAGGAGAGGUUUCUCUAUGCCUGUGGAUUUGCCUCCCAUCCUGAUGAAGAACUCCUGAGAGCCCUCAUUAGUAAGUUCAGAGGUUCCUUUGGGAGCAAUGACAUCAGAGAAUCCGUUAUGAUCAUCAUUGGGGCCCUUGUCAGGAAGCUGUGUCAGAAUGAAGGCUGCAAACUCAAAGGAGUGGUAGAAGCCAAGAAGUUAAUCUUGGGAGGACUUGAAAAAGCAGAAAAAAAGGAGGACAUAAUGAUGUACCUGCUGGCUCUGAAGAAUGCCCGGCUUCCAGAAGGCAUCCCACUCCUUCUGAAGUACGCGGAGACAGGAGAGGGGUCUAUCAGCCACCUCGCCACCACCACUCUCCAGAGAUAUGAUGCCCCUUUCAUAACUGAUGAGGUGAAGAAGACUAUGAACAGGAUAUACCACCAGAAUCAUAAAGUUCACGAAAAGACUGUGCGCACUACUGCAGCUACCAUCAUUUUAAAUAACAAUCCAUCCUACAUGGAGGUAAAAAACAUCCUCCUCUCUAUUGGGGAGCUUCCCAAAGAAAUGAAUAAAUACAUGCUCUCCAUGGUCCAAGACAUCCUACGUUUUGAAAUGCCUGCAAGCAAAAUGGUCCGUCGAGUUCUGAAGGAAAUGUUUGCUCAUAAUUAUGAUCGUUUCUCCAAGAGUGGAUCCUCUUCUGCCUAUACUGGCUACAUAGAACGUAGUCCCCAUUCGGCAUCUACUUACAGCCUUGACAUUCUUUACUCUGGUUCUGGCAUUCUAAGGAGAAGUAACCUGAACAUCUUUAAGUACGUUAGGAAAAAUCCUCUUCAUAGUAUCCAGGUGGUCAUUGAAGCCCAAGGACUGGAGACCUUAAUUGCAGCCACUCCCGAUGAAGGAGAGGAGAACCUUGACUCCUAUGCUGGCUUGUCAGCCCUCCUCUUUGAUGUUCAGCUCAGACCUGUCACUUUUUUCAACGGAUACAGUGAUUUGAUGUCCAAAAUGCUGUCAGCAUCUAGCGACCCUAUGAGUGUGGUGAAAGGACUUAUUCUGCUAAUAGAUCAUUCCCAGGAGCUUCAGUUGCAAUCUGGACUUAAGGCAAAUAUGGAUGUCCAGGGUGGUCUGGCUAUUGAUAUUUCAGGUUCAAUGGAGUUUAGUCUGUGGUAUCGUGAGUCUAAAACCCGAGUGAAAAAUCGGGUAGCUGUGGUGAUAACGGGUGACAUCACAGUGGACUCCUCUUUUGUGAAAGCCGGCCUGGAAAUUGGUGUGGAAACGGAAGGAGGCUUCGAGUUUAUCUCCACGGUGCAGUUUUCUCAGUACCCUUUCUUAGUGUGCCUGCAGAUGGACAGGGAUGGAGUUCCGUACAGGCAAUUUGAGACAAAGUAUGAAAGGCUGUCCACAGGCAGAGGUUAUGUCUCUCGGAAGAGAAAAGAAAGCCUAGUAGCGGGAUCUGAAUUCCCGCUGCACCAGGAGAACUCUGAGAUGUGCAAGGCGGUGUUUCCUCCUCAACCAGAGAGUAGUUCCAGCGGUUGGUUUUGAACCUGAUGGCGCUGUUUCACUGGAAUCCAUCUCCCCGGCAGGGAUACGAUGCGACCUGCCUAAGUACUUGCCCUCUGAGAGCACAGUGUUUACAUAUUUACCUGUAUUUAAGAGUUUUGUAAAAAGCAGUGAAAAACCUCACAUAAUUAAGCUUGGGCCUGAAUCACUCAGUACUACCUACAGUGUAGUGUCAUUUUGAGCCAACCUAUGUGACACUUUUAGUAGCAUUCUUAAUUUUAUUGUAUCUCUCUCAAAUCACAUUUAGUACUAUGAAAAUAGUUCUGCCCUAAGAAGAAACUAUUGUUUGUAAAAAAACAAGACACACAGACACACAUUCGGGAGAGCACAAUUUUGUUUCAACAAUUUUCAAUCAAUGUAUAUGAAGCCCUUGGUAGAACCUUACACAGCUUUUUUCUACGAAACAUGCCAAUCAGGAAAAAAGACCUUUUUUUUUGGAGGGGGGAGCAUGGAGGAAAGGGAUAAGACUUUUAAUGGCUUUUGUCAGCCAUCUUCAAGAAUUAAUAUUUAUCUCUUCUGUUAGUUGUAUUGAGUAUUGAGGUAGGAGACACACAGAAUGAACCGUACCAUCUCUUCUUUCUGCUGGCCGUGUAGUCAGAUCGCUAGAAGAAAGCUAAUCAGUCCUCUGCCUUCUGCCCUACAAAAAUGUCGGACUCAGCAUAUCAGAAUUAGAAAUAUUAAUUUCAGGAACUCCACUUGAUUUUUUCUUGUGCUGUAUCUCUUUGAGACUAUAAUGUGGUCCACUGUCCUUUAUAAGGGACAUCCUCAAAUGUUCAUCAUUUUAUUUUUCACUCAAUUGUUUUGUGGUGGAAGUUCCAGUCUGUUGGACUGCAGUCUACAAAAGCCAGAAUGGCUGAGAGAAUUUAAUAAUGCUUUGAGAACCUGAUGGAUUUGGGCUUCUAAAAAAUGAAACCAAGAAAAGAGUGUCUCUAUUUGUACAAAUUAAAAGAGCCACGUUAACCAUUUUCAAAUAUUUACUAAUAAAACAGAUACAUGUUUUGAUAGCGACAGGCCCAAAACAGAUAACAGGUGCUCACUUGUCCGUUAAACACACACACACACACACACGCACACACACACGGGAAGUUUAGCUAGCCUGCCACUAGUUGUAAAUUUAAAAUGAUGUAUGAUGAAAUAAAUAUGUGGAAUUCCUAUUGAA